AUGAAGAUUGUGAGGCUGUUUAUGCUUGCUCUGAUGACAGGGCACGUGGGAGGUGAGACCAGGAUCAUCAAGGGGUACGAGUGUCGCCCCCACUCGCAACCCUGGCAGGUGGCCCUGUUCCAGAAGACCCGGCUGCUCUGCGGGGCCACCCUCAUCGCCCCUCGAUGGCUCCUGACGGCCGCACACUGCCGCAAGCCGUGGGUGCGGGGCGACUCCCCCCUGGACCCUCUCGGGCACCUUCAUCUCGGUCCCCCCCUGUUACUCCUCCUGCCUCUCCCCCUCAGCCAAUACUUGGUCCACUUGGGGGAGCACAACCUCCAGCGGCAGGACGGCUGCGAGCAGACCCGGGUGGCCACCGAGUCCUUCCCGCACCCCGGCUUCAAUAACAGCCUCCCCAACAAAGACCACCGCAACGACAUCAUGCUGGUGAAGAUGAAGACCCCAGCCUUCAUCACUCGUGCCGUGCGGCCCCUCACAAUCUCGGCCCAAUGCGUCACCGCUGGCACCCGCUGCCUCAUCUCUGGCUGGGGCACGACCUCCAGCCCCCAGUUGCACCUGCCCCACUCCUUGAGGUGCGCCAACAUCACCAUCAUUGAUCACAAGGAGUGUGAGAGCGACUACCCGGGCAACAUCACAGACACCAUGGUGUGUGCAAGUGUCCGAGAGGAAGGCAAGGACUCCUGCCAGGGUGACUCCGGGGGCCCCCUGGUCUGCAACGGAUCUCUUCAAGGCAUCAUUUCCUGGGGCCAGGACCCCUGUGCAGUCACCAGAAAGCCUGGCGUCUACACCAAGGUCUGCAAGUACGUGGACUGGAUCCACAAAACUAUGAAUGGAAAUUAG